AUAAAGCAAACACAAUGUUUCCGGUUAGUCAGUUUCACCAAAUAGCUAAGAUUAACAAUUCUAUUCUUAAACUGCCGUCCCAAAAACACCUGGUACAGGUGACGUCACCUCAGAAACAGACAUGUGCUUAAACAAAAGUUCACCACUUAUCGGAGUCAAGGUGGACUCAAUUCUGAAUUAUUUUGUUAGACACAAAUUUUUGCUAAUUGAAGGUCGCCAGCCUAUCAUGGAUAUACUAUAUAAGUGCGACUUUCCCAGCAGAAGGCAUAUCAGUCAACAAUUGAAGCAUCCAACAUGAAGUUGUCCCUCGUUCUCUUCGUCCUUUCGAUGGUUGUGUAUGUGGCCCAAGUAAGGGCUGCUGAUACCACCACCUCCACGGAAGCAAGUGACACCACAAGCACAACGGCGAGCACCACCACGGAAUCGACCACUGCAUCCACGUCAUCUUCCUCGGAUGUUAAUAGGAAAAUCGUCCGUCUUAGCAAUCUGAAGUACUCGGUGACCAGGAAGAUCAAGAUCGGAUCCACCACCAGUUCCUCGACCAAAUCCAAAAGUGCCCGUGCCAAGGCCCGCAAGGCCCGCCUGAAUGCCGCCAAGAAAUCCAAGAAAGCUAAUGCCAACCGAAAACUUAACAAAAAGUCCAAGAACCGCAAUAUUCGCCUGGCUCGCGGUUAG